AUGACCAAGGUCAAUAUCCUCCUCUCACUGUUCAACCUCAUCCCCUCCAUUCUGGCAAUAUGCUCGACUCAGUCCCCCUUCUACCCACCUCCAUCUUAUAACCGUCCGUCCCCUGAGGUAUGGGAAGCCCUCGGCUUAGUAGAAGCCUCGCUGUCAACCUUAGUCGACAACUACAACCUCAGUACAUCAUCCUAUUCAAUUGAAAUCACCUCAUCACAGGCGACCUUAUGGUCGACGUUCCAUACCGCAGAGGAUAAAAAUCUCACACGACCUGGAGCCGACAGAGUAGAUGAGACAAGUCGCUAUCGCAUCGCAAGUAUCUCCAAGGUUUUCACCGUGCUGGGGAUACUACAACAGCAUGCCGCUGGAAACCUCUCUCUCGAGGACACAGUGCAUAAAUAUAUCCCUCAACUUCACGGCUCGCAUCACGACGGAACCAGAAGUACUAGUAGUAUCCAGUGGGACAAAAUAACACUCCGAUCCCUGGCAAGCCAACUCUCUGGCCUCCCCCGCGACUGGACGGGCCCUGGCAGCGUCGACACAAGUACAAAAUGCGACCCUCCCCGCGACGAUAGGCCCUGUACCACACAGGACUUACUCGACAAUCUAAUAAGGAGGGCUGCCUUGUUUGCGCCAAACACAAAGUCGACGUACUCAAACCUUGCGUUCGACCUCCUUGGGCUCGUGUUAGCGAACGUCACUGGCAUCACAUACGAGGAAUACAUAAAGACCGCAAUCCUCCAACCCCUGGGAAUGUCUCAGACAUCAUUUGCCAAACCACCGGACAGUGUGGCCGUUCUCCCCAAGGGGAACGCAUGGUACUUCGACGCCAACGAGGGCGUGGAGAAUCCCACAGGCGGAUUAUACUCUUCUUCGCACKACAUGUCCGUUUUUCUCCGCUACGUCCUCGCCACGUACAAAGACAUCGCGGAUGCCAAGCUGAAUUGGCUUCUACCCGCGUCCUUCAGCGCGGAAAUGGGAAGUUUCUACGGCAUGCCGUGGGAGAUUUUCCGCACAGACAAAAUUCUUCUCCCAGACGCUAAGGGACGGGCAAGGACAGUAACUCUCUUUACCAAAAGCGGCGGCCUCCCGGGGUACAGAACUCUCAUCCUCCUGGUGCCGGAAUACGAUUUGGGUAUCACGAUUCUCACCGCCGGAGACGAGACAUUCCUAGAAGCAGUAGUGGACAUGGUCAUCGUUCCACUGAUUCGUGCGGCUGAUGAGCUUGCUGCACGGCAGGUUCAGGAAACAUAUGUGGGGAGAUAUAUCUCUCCUUCUACCAAGGAGCAUACGGUCAACUACACGUUGACACUAACUCAUACGUCAACCCAUGGCGUCGAGAUCAACGAGUGGAUUUCAAAUUCCACAGAUGUGUUGAGCAUCAUAUCCAAGGACUUUCAGUCCCCCAAGAACAGAGGAUUCCACGCUCAGUUGAUUCCCUCCGGUCUCUACAGAGAUGAGAAGCAACUAGGAGAGAUAUGGAGGAUCGCAACUGUGAUGGAUAGGGAGGCGCCCCCGAUAUCAGUGCUAGGGAGAUGGAGAGAACACGGGAAUAAUACUGGCUCGUGGCCGGGUUUCGCAUCCGUUUCGGAUGAAUUCUGUAUCGGCGAUGUAGAAAAUGCAAUGUAUGCGGGAACACCCUUGAGCGAGGUUGUCUUUUGGGACAGGGACGAGAAGACUGGCAGGUUUGGAAAGGUGGAAUUGACGGCCUUUAGGAUGAAUCUGACUCGCGUGGAUCAGAAUGAAGGGGGCACGCUAGAUGACAGGAUUCUGAUGAAGCAGGAGCUCUGA